GCCCCGCCCCCCGGCAGUACCGCAACUGCGCAGGCAGGAGGUACCCGUGGAAAUGGCGGGUGUCCACACUUCUGGUACCGGUUCGGUUUCGGCCGCUUGCCCGAUCCAGCAGGGGCUGAAGGAAACACUGAUAGAGACACUGACAGCUACCCUGUCCCCGGUACAAGAGGUACGGGCUGCCGCGGAAGAGCAGGUUAAAGUUCUGGAAGUGACGGAGGAGUUCGGUGUGUAUCUGGCAGAGCUGACGGUCGAUCCUCAGGGAGCGCUCCCCAUCCGUCAGCUGUCCUCGGUCCUGCUGAAGCAGUAUGUGGACACUCACUGGUGCUCUGAGUCAGAGAAGUUCAAACCUCCAGAAACGACCGACAGGGCGAAGGGGGCGAUCCGGGACGUCCUCCCUGGGGGACUGCGGGAGCCCGUGGGCAGGGUGCGGUCCAGCGUUGCGUACGCGGUAUCCGGCAUCGCUCAGUGGGACUGGCCCGAGGCCUGGCCCCACCUCUUCAGCCUGCUGGUGGAGCUGCUCGUCAGCGGCGACCUGAACGGCGUCCACGGCGCCAUGAGGGUCCUCACAGAGUUCACCCGUGAGGUCACGGACACGCAGAUGCCUUUGGUGGCUCCCGUUAUUUUGCCAGAGAUGUACAAGAUCUUCACCAUGACAGAGGUCUACAGCAUUCGCACCCGAUCCAGAGCUGUGGAGAUCUUCACCACCUGCGCCAAGCUCAUCGCUGCCAUCCAGGAUCUGCAGAAGGGUGCAGCCAAAGCUCUGAUCUUGCCUGUGGUGCCGCAGUUCACCCAGGCGUUUAUCCAGGCCCUGCGCAUCCCCGACGGGCCGUCCUCCGACUGCGGCCUCAAGAGGGAGGUGCUUAAGGCUCUGAUGACUCUGGUGAAGAAUUUCCCCAAAAACAUGGCGCCUUCCAUGCAGCAGAUCCUGCCCGUGGUGUGGAGCCUGCUGACGGAGAGCGCCUCUCAUUAUGUCAGAACGGAGGUGAACUACACCGAGGACGUGGACGACCCCGUGGACUCGGGCGGCGAGGUUCUGGGCUUCGAGAACCUGGUGUUUACCAUCUUUGAGUUUGUCCACACGCUGCUGGAGACCAGCAGGAUGAAGAGCGCAGUGAGGAAGACUCUGCCGGAGCUCUUCUACUACGCCAUCCUGUACAUGCAGAUCACGGAGGACCAGGUGAAGGCCUGGGCGGCCGACCCGCAGCGGUUUGUGGAGGACGAGGAUGACGACACCUUCUCCUACUCAGUGAGGAUCUCAGCGCAGGACCUGCUGCUGGCUUUAGUGACUGAGUUCCAGGAUGAGAGUGUGGCGGCUUUGGUGGUCGCCACCGUGCGGCACCUGCAGGAGGCGGAGCAGGCCAGAAACGGCGGCAGAGAGCACUGUCGCCUGGAAAGCGUCUGCACAAUGCCAUCCCUUCCUCUGCCGCCCUGGGUGGCCAGCCGCUUCAUAGUCGCCAUGACGCCCGGCCUGCUCCUGCAGCUCCUCCAGGCCACCGUCAGCGGCCUGAGCGCCAGCCAGCCUCCCGCCGUCCGGAUCUCUGCCGCGCCCAGGUACUGUGAGCAGCUGAAGCUCUCUGGGAGCACGCAGGUGCUGCUGCCCUUCCUCCCCGGCGUGCUGGACGGCCUGGUGCCGCUGGCGGCUCCGUUUGGCCCGGCGGUCCUGGCGCUGGUUCUGGAGACGCUGCGCGUGGUGUGCACCGUCGACCCGUCCUUCACCGCCAGCGCCGAAAAGAAGAUCUGCCCCCUCACCAUCGCCGUCUUCCUCAAGUACAGCAAUGACCCGGUGGUGGCCUCUCUGUCCCAGGACAUCUUUAAGGAGCUGUCCCGGAUCGAGGGGUGUCGGGGCCCCUUGCAGACGCGUCUCAUCCCCACCCUGAUCAGCAUCAUGCAGGCCCCCCCCGACAAGAUCCCGGCAGGGCUGUGCACUACGGCGGUGGACAUUUUGACCACGGUGGUGCGGCACACUGCCCCCCCCCUGCCCCCGCUGCUGCUCUGCCAGGCCUUUCCUGCGGUGGCUCAGUGUGUCCUGCACACGGACGACAGCGCUGUCAUGCAGAGCGGGGGGGAGUGCCUGAGGGCCUACGUCUCCGUGGCGCUGGAGCAGCUGCUGGAGUGGCGGGACCAGCAGGGUCGCGGCGGCCUGUGGUAUGUCCUGCAGGCAGUCUCCCGGCUGCUGGACCCGCGCGGGUCCGAGCUCGCCGCCGCCUGCGUGGGCCGCCUGGUGUCCUCGCUCGCCGCCCGGGCCGGCCCCCUGCUGGGGGGGCAGCUGGACCAGGUCCUGCGGGACGUCCUGACCAAGCUGCAGCAGGCCAACAACCUCAGCGUCAAGCAGUCCCUCCUCAUGGUGUUUGCGCACCUGAUGGUGUCCCGGCUGGAGCCGCUGCUGGAGUUCCUGUGGGGCGUCCCCGGACCGGCAGGACGUCCCGCGCUGGACUUCCUCAUGGCCCAGUGGGUGAGCCACCAGCACCUGUUCUACGGCCAGUACGAAGGGAAGGUCAGCACGGUGGCGCUGUGCAGACUACUCCAGCACGGCCUCAGCACCGGUGACCCGCGGCUGGAGGGCAUCCGGGUGAAAGGGGAGGAGCUCUUCAGUCCCGGAGAGGGCAUCCGCACGCGCUCCAAAAGCACCAGGAACCCAGAGAGAUGGACCAACAUUCCCUUGCUGGUGAAGAUCUUCAAGCUCAUUGUCAACGAGCUUUCGUCUGUACUGGAGGAGAAUUCCAACAGAGCUGCUGCUGGAGACUGCAGCCAAGAUUUGGGGGAUAUGUGGGAGGCACAGGAGGAGGAGGAGGAGGAUGAUGAUGCAGAUGAAGAGGAAGGGAAGGGUGAAGGGCUUGCCAGACAGCUGCUCUCUGACCUCAUUGCCUCUCAUAAAUAUGACGAUGAUGAUGACUUUGAAGAGGAAGAUGAGGAAGACCCAGAUGCCUUGAAAGACCCUAUUUAUCAAAUUGACCUGCAGGUCUACCUGACGGACUACAUUUCCCAGCUUGCACAGCUGCCGUGCUACAGCGCCUUCUCUGGCCACCUGAACGAAGCCGAGAGGAGAGUGCUGCAGUCCAUCGGCGUCUAAAAUUGGAAUAAAUUGGUGAAAAAAAAAAAAAAUUUUAGGCUCUGACACGGGGUGUUGCAAGGCUGUCUCUUCUGUUUCUUGGAGAAACGGACAGGCCUAAAACACAGAUCAUCUGUACAGGACGAGCAGUCAUGAUCCAGGCCAGGUUUUCCCUCCAAACUGUGUUCCUGCUCUAGUUUGGUUAAAAAAAUAUAACAAAAAUAUGUAUAUAUGUAACCAAAAAUAACUCCACUAUGAUGUGGUUGUUCAGGAAGUCUGUUCAUAGGACAAAUUUGGCCUGUUGGCAGUGUUGGUCAUUUUUUAGGUGACUAUAAUAUAAACAUAAUUAUAUGGUUCGUGUACAGUAGAUUAAAAAAUGAAUGAACAAUGGAUGCAUUUUUAAAGUACAUGGUGUUAAAAAUGAAUUGGUCAUUUGCACCAAUGGAACUACUUCAUCUGAUUGUGUUCUUAAUCUGUCCUGAUUCUGUUGUGCUGGUUUCCUGUCACAAUUUAAUAUUGAUGUAUUUAAUAUAUCUUUAAUAUCCUUUGAAUUAAUGAGCUUUUCAAUGAAUUUUUAAUAGCAUUUCUGGCAUUAUGGUGAAUACUUUUGUAACACAUUUUGUCAUCAGUGUUUUGGGGGCGGCUGCUUUGAUUGGUAUAUUCAGAUCAGUGCUAACCUCGCGCAGGGCACUGUUUCAUGAAGCAGGUUUAGCGAGUUAGCCAGAUAACCGAGUAAAACCCAGAACAGCUCUUUAUUUUACUUAAGUCCAUGUUCAUGAUUUUGGAGGGUUUCCGGUUUUACUGGGUGCAGUUAUACAGUUAACUAGGUAAUCUUGCUUCCUGAAACAGGGCCCAGGUAAGAUAUCACUGAGUGACCAUUACUGAAGUGAAAUAUACUGAAAAGUAUUGAAGUGAAAUAUGUUAUCAGUCUACUGAGCUGUUCAUAAUACAUCGCUGAAAAUACAAAUUAUUGCUGCUUUGAGGUAUUUCAGUCUCUUUUUAAGGAAUGUGUGCUUUUCAGCCAUAGACUAGGCUGUUACUCAGUUUAGUCAGCAAAGCAGCGAUGUUGCAACUUUGAAUACUUGUCUGAGUUGAUUGGUCUGUAAUGCCAUGCUGUUGGAUGGCUUUUUGAAUAAAUAUUUUUAUAUGCACGAUGAAAA